AUGGCCGAGCUGAAGGCGGCCCUGAAACAGGCUAAGAAGCUGCUGGGAGAAGGCCAAAGUGAAGAUGCUCUUAACACACUACAAGAGUUGCUGGACGAUGGAGUCGAGGACUAUAUGCUCUUUUCUUUCGCUGCGUUAGCAAACGCCAAUUUAGAGGAUGUUAAGCAAGCUAGGGCUUUGUAUGAGAAGGCCAUUAAUUUGGAUCCGAAGCUCCCGGCAGCGUGGCAGGGAUUGUACAAACUUUUCGAGUCUGGCAAGCUACCUGCGGAUGACCGUGCGUUAGAAGUAUGUAAUCGGCUUAUAACCUUGAGUGAUUCUGAAGAAAAGCGCCAAAUGAUAGAAGAAUCCCGCAGGAGGUUCUUUUUCGAGCUUUGUCGAUAUGAUCAACUGGAGAAAGAUCUUGGAACGAACAUGACUCUUUUGAGGAAAGUUAUUGACAGACUAACAAGGAAAGAUAUUUUGUCUGCGACUGAAACUACAUUACUUGCUAAAGCCUUCAAAGACGUUAAAGGGUCAUUUAAUGAAAAUGCUGAAUGGCACUUACAGUACUGCAAGUUCAUUUACAAGAGGCAUGAUCAAGAGUGGAUCGAGGAAGUGAAAAAGUUCUGCAGUCGCCAUUCGUAUGAAGGGAUCGCCUGGAUACGCAGUCGUCUUCUGGAAAUUUUAGCUGAAGAAUUCUUUCAUACUUUGAUAAUUCCGGACGCAAUCUUCGAGCUUUACUUGAAGUGCACGUCAAAUAUAAAUGAAGUCGAGAAGAAAACUGAUCAAAUACUUAGAUCACUGAGCGGUGAUGAUAUGGCAUCCACUCUGGAUAUUAUUGAUGGAUUAUCAGAUGCUUCGCUCACAUAUCUGCCUCUUGCUAUGAUUGCCGUCCAGUUACUAGCUGAAGUCGAGAACUGGGAAAAAGUUGUGCAGGUAGUCGAUUGGAUUCUCACGCAAAAAGUGACAGAUAUCAGCGAAAAUGUUGCAUGUUGGCUUAAGAAACGAGCUCUGCUGGAAAUGAACAAUGCAGAGGAAGCAUUAGGAGUCAAGGUCUCACCGGAUCGUCCUCCAUCGAUGUUUGUGAUUGAUAGCGCAAAACUGACUCUAUUGAAAGAAGAUGAGUUGGACGAACUCAUUCAGGAAUGCGACGUGGACUCAGCUGAUGCAAGGCGAAUGAGGAUUGUAAAAGCGCUACAAAAUGGAGCAGAUGAUAUGUCAGUGAUGGAUGCUGAGUCGCUUCUUUGUGAUGACUCGGUGUCUUGGCGGGAUUUGGUUCUUAUAGCAGAGCUUAAUAUUGCACUGGGAAAAGACGCCACCUCCUUGUUAGUUAAGGCAGCAAAAAUGAAUCCACGUUCAAGCCGUGUCUUCUUUGUUCUCGGUAAAUCGUUGCGGAGCAAAAACCCGACGAAAGCUAGGCUUUGCCUCGAAAGGGCGGUGAAAAUUCGACCUACCAACGAGGAAUACGUCCGAGAAUUGGACGACUUGUACUACGAUGCAGGAGAAUCAGCUGAAUAUCGUCUAAAAUUGUUGGGUCAACUAAACGUGUACAGGAAACCGAUGUGGUUGAGGAAAAGAUUAGUAGAACUUGCAAAAAUCAAACAAGACUGGGACACUGUGAUCGAUGAGGUUCAGCAGAUUAUCAGACAUCAUCAGGAAGAUGUCACAAGUUGGGCGCUUUUGGCUGAGGCUUACUCGCAUCGAGGAAAUUUGCAGUCAUCUGUUAAUGCGUAUAGUAGAGUGCUAGAGAUUCAUCCAGAAAGUGACUAUGCGAUCUGCCUCAUACAAGUAUUGAUGAGGAUGCACAACCUUGAAGGUGCAGCUGAGCAGUGUGAACGAUGGCGAUCGCUAGAAAUAGAGAAUCUGCAGUUGAAAAAUGUGGUAGACUUGCUGGAUGCGCAGGUGCACCUACGUUUGUUCUACAAGACGCAGGACGAAGAACGUUUUGAACAUUUGAAAGUGGUUUUCAAACUCGUGGAAAGUGUUGUAUCAGAACGACCUCGUAUAUCUCUCGCUUACAAAUUAGCAGGAGAUGCACUUUUGCUGGUAAUCAAGUAUCGCGACGAGAUUAUGAAGAACGUGGGAAUACCUGCGAGUUGGUCGAUUUCUGAUCGUCUAUCAGCUGUGCGAUCAGCGGUGAUGUUCUACGCGGCUGCGCUGGAUAUCAAUCGCGAAAAUGUGUGGGCGUGGAGUGAUUUGGCCGUUGCUUUACUCCAUCAGGCUCGUCUCGAUAACUCUGUGGAGCACGCGGUGAAAGCAUCAGAUUGUCUUCGGAAGGCCAUGAGUUUGUGUAACAGCGCUGAAACGCGUUCACAAGUCUGGACACUUCUCGCUGAAGCAGCGCGAUUGUCCGCAACUGCGACAGAGGAUGCUUCGCACUCAACGGCUCUUCAGCAACACUAUCUUGUUCGUGCCUUGCAACUGAACAAAGCUAACGAUGAGGCUUGGCUACGUCUGGCACUUCUCUACUACACAAAUGGAGCGAUGGAUCUAGCUCAUCUUGCUAUCGAAGAAGCCCUCAAACACAAUCCGCAGCUUGCAGAAGCAUGGUGUGCGUACGCGAUGAAAGCGGAUUCAGAAGGAGCUUACCACGAAGCGGUUGAUAUGUUCCGUCAUUCUGUAUCGAUAAAACCAAUAGCUGAAGCUGUUAUGAAAUAUACGGCAAUGUUGUGUCAAACACUUCGUACGAAAAUGUUCGAUCCGGCUACUGUGAUGAUCGAUUUCAGCAAGGUGCUGAGACUAAAGGAUGAAAACGACUGUGUUGAGAAGAAUAAACUAUUACAUAUUGGCAUCCUAGCAGAGUUAUUUGGAUACUAUAAGGAUGCAGUUGACUGUAUCAGUGCGAGCGGAGAAGGCGGAGUCCAUUUACAAAGGGCUAGCUUGAAGGCAGGCGAAGAUGUUCGUUACCCCGAAAAACCGCUUGAAAAGCUUGCAAAACUAUGCGCAAUGAAGACAGAGAACUUGUUCGGUCUUCUCAAAGAGAAACAACCACUCUAUAGAGACGUUUUUGAUAGGAUAGCAGCUACAGAAGCCGAAGGCCUGCAAGAGCUUUACAGUAAAUACUCGAAAUCUAUUUCUGUUCCUCUGGUGGUGGCAGCUGUGAUUCGAUUUUGCAUACCUCUGUGUGAUCAAGCAGUUAGCGUACUUCACGAAGUUUUACCACGACACGAGCUGAUAGAUGUUUUCCCAACGAUUAUGCCAGAAGAAAUGGACAACGGGCUAAUAUAUGUAGAACAGGAUGGCGAAGAGCCAUUCCGAUAUAGUCACUUCGUUGCGAAACCACUAUGGGAAAUUCUGAAAAAACGACGUGAUCAACUCGAAGCUGAAGGAGAUGAACAGCUUGCGGAAGCUGUGUGA